AUGCUCGCGCGGUUGCCAUAUACGCUCCUUGCGACUGCAUUGGCUGUUGCUGUUCAAGCACUCCCAGUGGACUCGACCGAACUUACGGUGCUUACGCCGGACAAUUUUGAGUCCACAAUUUCUGAGGGUGUCUGGUUCAUUGAACAUUUCUCCCCAUACUGUGGUCACUGCCGCAAAUUCCUGCCAACGUGGACCCAGCUGGUUGAGAACAACGCCAAACAAGCCGACCCAGGAAUACGAUUGGCGCAAGUGAACUGUGCCAUCAAUGGAGACCUGUGCAGCAAGAACGGUGUUGACGGUUAUCCCCAGAUGAAUUUAUAUCGAAACGGACAAUUUGUUGAAAGCUACGGCGAUUCUCGGGAAUAUGAACUUUUGACCGCAUACCUCUCGUCUCAUGCCGAACCUACGUCCAAGCCCAAACUUCCGCCUACGCCCACGCCCGAACCAGCUCCUAUUCCUCACGCUGAAGAACCAUCCCAAGACGGGAAAUAUGACCCAAUACCUGAACCGGCCAGAGAUCUCAAUCCUAGAGGUGCAGUUUUAGCUCUUACCGAUAAGACGUUUGGAGAUGCAAUCAAGGAAGGGACAGUCUUCAUUAAGUUUUAUGCUCCGUGGUGUGGGCACUGUAAGAAGCUGGCGCCGAUAUGGACUCAGCUUGCCGGUAAAAUGCAACACAAAUUAACCAUCGCGGAGGUCAACUGUGAGGCACAUGAUGCCCUGUGCAGGAACGAAGGUGUCACCGGUUUUCCCAUGCUGGUGUACUAUGGUCCCAAUGGCGGUGGGAAGACCGAGUAUACAGGUGGGCGAAAGCUGGAACAGCUGAAGGCCUUCUCUGAGAAGGUUAUUGGCCCGGCGAUCCAGGAGGUCAAAUACGAAGAUCUCCCCAGUAUUAUGUCGGAGUCGCCUAGUUUAUACUUGCUACUCCAUCCUCCCUCAGAUUCACGGACGAUACGUGAAGUUCUAAAAGCAUCGAGCGUCCUGUUCGGGUCACCGCCAAUCUAUUCGUCCAGCUCAAGCUUUCUCUACGAUUACUUUUCAGUCCAAUCGAACUCGGCAGUCAUCCUCGCACUGAAGGAUCAUGAUGAUAUCCCUGCUGCCGUCUAUCGGAUUACCCACUCGGCUGACGAGAAUAGCGCUUUGAGCAGUUGGCUGUUGAGGAACCGUCUCCCUUCCAGUAUGGAACUGGACGCGGACAAUUUCCAGGAAGUCAUGAAUGCCCCACACAAGCCACUUGUCGUCCUCAUUGCGACCCCUAAAGACCAAAUGGGUGUUGUAUCAAGCGCGGUUCAAAAGAUAGCUAGACAGUGGAAAGAUACCAAAGGUGAUGGGGCAAUAUCGUUUGUCUGGAUGGACGGUGAAAAGUGGGGGAAAUGGCUAAAAAGCAUGUAUGGGAUUAAGGCAGACUCAUUGCCGCGUAUCGUCGUUGCCAAUCACGCCCGCCUGGUGUACUAUGACAAGGAUCAGUUCGGAGAGGAUAUUCAGCUGACGUCAACGAGCAUUUUCUCUGCAAUCCACGGUGCGGCAGGUGGGACUAUACCCUACAAGCAUUCGGAGAAUAUGGUGGAACGCAUGGCGCGGUAUCUGAACGCUAAGUUGACCGCGACCGAGACUUAUGUUUUCUCAUAUCCCUGGCGCACUGCUUUCUUCAUCUUCCUCGGUAUAGCAGUAAUAAUUUUGGUCUUUAAACGACUGUUUGCUGCUGAUUCAGACUCAAGAGAAUACUCUCACAUGCGCAAAGCUGACCGCUUAGACUAA